AGACUAAACGGUUAUUCGGAAGUCUUCGGUUAUUAUCAGGGAUAUUGUGAAACUUGAACAAAAAAAGUCGAAAAUAUUGACGUGGGUUUGAUUUAUAAUGGAAACUGAGUUUACAGAAGGUGAAGGUGGUGGCACACCUUUACAAGAUGAGCCUGAAUAUGACUACAGUAUUGAAGGGGGUGAGCAGAAUGCAGAAAGUGAUUUCAGGAAAGAGGAAGAGAUGGAACAAGGGGAAACUUCACAGUCAGAUGGAGAACAAGAAAACAUGUCAGUGAACAGUGGACCACGAUCUCCUGACGAUGUUUCACAGUCUCCGAUUGGUUCACCCUCUUCCCCUAAAUCUCCAGGCUAUUCUAAUGAUGAAGAUGGUCCUGGUUCACCUGGCUCCCCAACACAACACUCCUUGAAUGGUAGCCCUGGCUCUCCACAGUCUCCAGGUGAAGGAAGAAGUCAAGGUUCUACAGACCCAACUUACAGUCAAACAGAAUCUCCAAGUGGGCCUGCGUCACCUACAGAUGAAACAAUGCUACCCGACUCUAAUGCUGAUAAUGUCAGUGCCCCAGAUUCCCCAGCUGGUAGUGAUGCUGAAAUGGAACAGCCUGCUUCACCCAUUGGAAGUGCACCUGGGUCACCUUUAGAUAGAAGUAGGUCACCAUCACCUGCAGGGAGUGCACCUGGGUCACCUGUAGAAAGAAGUAGGUCACCAUCACCCACAGGGAGUGCACCUGGGUCACCGGUAGAAAGAAGUAGGUCACCAUCACCUGCAGGGAGUGCACCUGGGUCACCUGUAGAAAGAAGUAGGUCACCAUCGCCCAUAGGGAGUACACCUGGGUCACCUGUAGAAAGAAGUAGGUCACCGUCACCUGCAGGAAGUGCACCUGGGUCACCUGAUCAAGAUAGAAGUAGAUCUCCUUCCCCUGCAGGAAGUGCUAGAAGUAGGUCACCAAGUCCAGCAGGUAGUGCUGGAAGAUCAAGGUCAAACUCGCCUGCUGAGGGUCAGAGAAGUAGGUCAGGCUCCCCUGCUGGUUCUCCUGCAGGAAGCCCAACAAGAAGUAGAUCAGGAAGUCCAACAAGUCAGAAAAGUAGGUCAAGGUCAGGAAGUCCAGCUAGAAGUCAAUCAAGAAGCCCUGUUAGAAGUAGGUCAGGGAGUCCAGCAAGUCAAAGGUCAAGAUCUGGAAGUCCAGCAGACAGAAGAAGUAGGUCAAGAUCUGGAAGUCCAGCAAGCAGAAGAAGUAGGUCAGGGUCAGGUAGUCCAGCAAGCAGGAGAAGUAGGUCAGGGUCAGGAAGUCCAGCAAGAUCAAGGUCAGGUUCUCCAGCAAGAAGUAGGUCAGGUAGUCGUGACAGUCGUAGAAGUAGGUCAAGGUCAAGAUCAUCUGCAGGAAGUGGUCGCAGUAGAAGUAGAUCUGGUUCAAGAGCUAGUGGAGGGAGCAGAUCCCGCAGUAGAAGUCGUAGUGGGUCAAGGGCUGGAAGUGGGACACCUCCGUAUUCUCCACUUGGAAGUAGAGGGAGUGGCAGUCCUCCAGGGUCACCUGCAGGUAGUGACAGGGGAGGAUCUGAUGGGGAGAAAGCUAAAGGUAGUGGUGAUGAGAGUGAUAAAGAUGAUCUGGUGGCAGAUAUUUUUGGUUCGAGUGACGAGGAGGAAGAAUUUGAAGGUUUCGGUGAGGCAGAUGUAGAGGCAACAGCUAGGAAGAAAAAGGAGAAAACAGCGAUAUUAUCCGAUGAUGAAGGAGAAGGUAUGGCAACAGGGGAGACAAGCGGUACUCCGGCACUACCAGAGUUAUCUGAUGAUGAGAAUGAUGCAGCUGCUAGGAGAGAUGGGGACGGAGAAGGACAGGAUAUAGUAUCAGACUUUGACCUGAUGUUAGCGAAGAAGAAGAAUGAUAUGCAGAAUAGACGAAGAAAACGUAAAGAUUUUGAUCUUAUUAAUGACAGUGACGACCUUAUCGCUGAUAUGAUCAACAAAAUGAAGGUCGCAGCAGAGGAGGAUCGAGGAUUGAACAUGGAAAAAAAACCUGCCAUCAGAAAACUAAAAUAUUUACCUGUAGUUGUCUCUCAAUUAAAAAAGGCUGACCUUCAUGGGGCAUUUCUGGACUGUGGUAUAUUAAGUACUAUGACAGAGUGGUUAGCUCCCCUUCCUGAUAAAAGUUUACCUAAUCUACUAAUUAGACAAGCUUUCCUUAAAAUUCUCGGAGAGUUUCCAACUCUGAACCCCGGUGCUUUAAAGACUAGCGGUAUUGGUAAAGCUGUGAUGUAUUUAUAUAAACACCCAAAGGAAAUCAAAGAAUGCAAAGAUAUGGCUGGCAAGCUCAUAAAUGACUGGUCACGACCGUUAUUCAAUCUCACAUCAAACUAUAAAUCAUUAUCUAAAGAAGAGAGAGAACAGAGAGAUUAUGAUCAGUUACCUAAACGACGACGAACAAGCAUGGAAGAAGGAGGGAUGACUCCGAGGAAAGAUCUGGACAAAUCACUUACAGGGGAACAAAAAGCUUUACGACCUGGUGACCCAGGCUGGAUAUAUAGAGCUAGAGUACCGCUACCAUCAAACAAAGAUUAUGUGAUACGACCAAAAUGGAAAACUGAGGAGGAAGGCGAAGAGGAGCCUAGUAGAAGAAGGGGUACCGGAAAGAAAGAGCCUAGCAGAUAUGAGAAACAAGUUAGAAAAUUUGCUGAGAAGAAGAAAAAUUCCAAAUCAAUGCGAGCAGUUACUAUUAGUAUCGAAGGCAGAAACAUGGCGUUAUGAUUGUCAAGAACACCGCGCUCAAAUAUUUUAGUGAAAUUUUGUCAAAAUAUCAGAAAUUUGGCAUGUUUAUAUAUUGAUUGUACAGUUGCGCCAUCUUGGAUUUUCUUAGAAAAAGUUUUCUUAGAUCCAUAAAGCCAAUGAUGGUGUCCAAUCCCUGAUCAGAAUCUAUAGAAGCUUUAUAAAGAAGUAUGGUCAUGGUUUCUUAGAUGCUUGGAUAUGGAAACAAGAUGAGUCAGCAUAAUGUGGAUAAUUUGUUAAACUUUAGGAGGAAGAACUUGUGAAGGCAGACUUAUCUUUUCCAGUGUUUUAGUUAUUGAAAAACAAACAAUAACAACAAAGUGAAAAUGAAGGAUAUCUAUUUUGUGUUCAGCAAGUGUGACAUAACUUGAAAGCAAUGUGAGAUGGUGAUGAUGAUUAAUAUGUGUUACAUGUUAUAAUAUGUUUAAAUGGUUUGUCACACAAUGUGUGUAUGAAUACAUUAUGUAUGUUAGAGAGAUUUUACAUGUCUCACUACAUAUAAAUAGUGCUUUAGGU